CAUCUAAGGGGGUGGAUAUGUGUGUGCGUGUGUGUGCUGUCUAAAACAUGUAUUCCUGAAACUAAUUACAGAUUCGUGUGAUAAACCCGUGGGUACCUUAAAGUGUAUGAUAGUGAGUGAAUUGAGAGAUGUAACUACAAGUGUACGGACGGACACCUGAGAAGAGAAGCUGGAGAUUUCUCAAGAGAAGGAUGUGGGCGAAACAGAAAUGUGGUGGGCGGGCGAGACAUGCCUUGAUCCUGGUGGUAAUAUUACUGCUGCUUCAAGGUGUGUGGGCCAACCUGCCGCCUUCGUUCACCGCUGACAUGAACCUUCACGUAGUAAGCGAGGACACGCCCGUAGGGGCGGCGGUGUACACCCUGAAGGCUUCGGAUCCUGAGGGAGGGCCCGUCACUUUCGGCAUGAGCGGCUCCGACCGACUCCGGGUGGAUCCGGACACCGGCAUCGUUACCGUCGCGAAGCCACUGGACCGAGAGCAAAAUGACACAUUACGUCUGGUGGUGACGGUGGAAGAUGAGGUGAAGGGAGGAGCUGAGAAUAAUGUCGUCCGUGUGCCCAUCUCUCUCAUUGUCCUUGACACCAAUGAUAACUCUCCCAAAUUCCUUCAGACACCAUACGAGGCCAUGGUUGGUGAAGAUGCUGCUGUGGGUAGUACUGUCCUGCCGGGCAUUAGACUCGUAGACGAGGACCAGGUUGGGGACAACAUCAAAGUGGAAUGCGAGCCCAUUAGUCAGGGUGAUGAUGUUUGUAAGGCUUUUACCAUUGUGGCCUCUCAGACCUCUGCUCGCAAGUUCUCAGGCAGCCUCGUCCUUAAUCAACCCCUUCAAUAUUCUACUCGCAACCUUUACCAGUUUAAAUUGGUUGCCUCAGAUGGAGGGCAGGUGUCAAGCGUGGGUGUAGUGAUACGAGUGAGAGAUGUGCAGAAUUCCCCUCCAGUUUUCUCUGGCUCCCUCACUGGCAUUAUUACCGAGGAUGAUGCCAUUGGUACCCGAGUCAUGAGCCUUCAGGCAGCAGACGGUGACACUGGAGCUCCUAGACCUAUCAGAUAUGAACUUAUUACCAAUCCACUGGACUUCUUCACUUUAGAUGCCAAAUCUGGUGAGCUUCGCACUGCAAAACCACUGGAUCGUGAAGCCCUACAGUCUCCUGAUGGUGUGGUCAAAGUCAGGGUCAAGGCUUAUGAGACAAUCAAUGGGAGCCCCAUUGGUACAAAAGAUACAGAAACUGUAGCUGAUGUAACCAUUACUAUUCGUGAUGUGAACGAUGAGCCUCCAUCCUUCAACAAACGGGAGUAUCGAGCCUCUGUGCCGGAAAAUGUUCCCGAUGGGACCCCUCUUCCUAACCUUGACAUGUUUGUCCAGGAUACUGAUGUGGGUUCCAACUCAGUGUUCAGCUUACGCCUUGUGGAUGCGUCUGGAAUUUUCAGUGUGGAGCCACAGGUGGCCUCAGGAUCAUCUUCUGUCAGCAUCAGAGUGGCUCAUGGACCCCUCGACUUUGAGAAUCCCAACCAGCGCAAGUUCCUCUUGCAGGUGAUUGCAGAGGAGACCUUAACAAAUCCUCGGCUGUCAUCCACAGCUACAGUUGUUGUCUCUGUCACUGAUACUAAUGACAAUUCACCACAGUUUGACCAGGAGGCUUACACAGCAGUUGUCUCAGAAACUGCCAACCCUGGCACUGUUGUUACUACCAUCGUUGCCUCUGACCGGGAUACCGGGCAGUUUGGCACUGAUGGAAUAAAAUAUUCACUCUUUGGUAAUGGUGCUGAAAAGUUUGAUGUUGAUGCCACGUCUGGAGUGAUGACAGUGGCUUUCUGUGACACUCCCGGCCACCGCAACUGUCUUGAUUACGAGGAACGUCCAACCUAUUUUCUCUCAUUUCAGGCCACAGAUGCAGGUGGUACAGGCCACACAACAGUGGUGCCAGUACGCGUAACACUUGCUGACAGUAAUGACAACCCUCCAAAGUUCUCUCGUCAGCAGUACCGUGCUGUUAUUGACGAGGGAGCACCCGAUUUUGACCCACCGUUGUUUGUCACGGCUGAAGAUCCGGAUGCCACUUCUCGCGUUGUUUACAGCAUCGUGGGUGGUGACCCUACAGGACUAUUCACUAUUAACCCAGACUCUGGUAGAAUUCGUGUUGCUAGUGAAUCUGGACUGGAUAUAUCCAACCUGAAGACUGACUACAUUAUUCUCACUGUAGAGGCCAAUGAUGGUGAGGGCUCUCACACUGCCAACAUAAAAGUGUCAGUCCGGGAUGCCAACAACAAUGUUCCAGUCUUCAGCAAGAACCCGUACCUGGCUGCUGUUCAGGAAAAUGCUCCUGAAGGGAGUGUGGUAGAGCAGGUUUCCGCCAGUGAUGCAGACACAGGAGCCAAUGCUGCCAUCGUAUACCGCAUCCAUCGUGGAGGAUAUGACGAUUUUGCUAUUGAUGGUACUACAGGCAUCAUCACAGUUGCCCGAAAGCUUGAUUAUGACCGGCGAAAGAGCUACGAUAUUGAAAUCGUAGCCACAGACAGAGGCAUUCCACAACAGACUUCUACCAGUACUCUCACUGUCAGCAUCAUCAACAACAAUGACAAGAGUCCUUACUUCACCCCAACUACCCAGCGUACACAGGUGUCAGAGGAUUUGCAAGAAGGCACAACAUUCUACAAGCUGACAGCACAGGACCCUGAUGUGGAGGGAGAGGGAGCUCUUGUCUUUGGGGUCAACUUACCAGUGUCUGCAGUUGAUAGUGAGGGACGUCCUGUGGAAGGACCUCAAAGGGAUGCCCUAGCAGAUGUGUUUGUGGUUGACCCCGUCACCGGCAGUGUGACUGUAGCGAGGAAGCUCAACCGAGCUGUAGCCACAGAGGUGACUUUGGCUGUUACUGUCACUGAUAUGUCAGCAACACCACCGCAGGUGGGUCAUGGCAACCUUGUCAUAACCAUUGUGGAUGUUAAUGACUUCCCGCCAGUCUUUGCUCCUCCAUGGAGUACUGAGAGUCCAGUCAUUCAUGUGAAGGUUGCAGAGGAGCUGCCUCGAGGCUCCCUCUUGACAACCAUCACCGCUUCUGAUGUCGAUUCCAACAUAGGUAAAAAUAAUUGUGAAUUCAGUGAUGAGACUAUAGUGGAGAUCACAGUCUUGCCCCAGAACCAACACAAACCGAAGUUUAUCUCUCCAGCUGUGCCCAAUGCUACAGUGCUUGUCCAAGAGAACUGGAGUUCAGCAGUGCAGGAGGUAAUAGCAGUUGAAGCCGAGGAUAAGGACUUGGGAGCAAAUGGGGAGGUGCGUUAUCACUUGCGUGUUGGGGAAGAGAACCUUCAAGACACAUCAGAGUUCCACUUGGACCCCAUUACUGGCUUGCUUACUACGAAACUUGUACUUGACAGUCGAAAACAAUCCAAAUAUGAGUUGGUAUUGGUGGCCAAGGAUCAAGGUUCACCAAUAUCUUAUGAAACGUUGCGGUUCUUGACGGUACUUGUGGAAGACGUUAAUGACAAUCGCCCAGAGUUUCACAAGAGCAGUGUGCCUCAAGCUUACCGCUUUAAUGUAAUUGAAAAUACUGCUAAACACACACUUAUUGGUCAACUUCUUGCUGAAGAUCCUGAUGCUGGAAUCAAUGCCAAGAUUUUCUAUUACUUGGUCACUGGUAAUGCUCAUGAGAGCUUCUACUUGGACAAACUUCAUGGUAAACUUUACACUAAUGCUGUUCUUGAUCGUGAGCAGCAGUCCUCCUACACUCUUGUGGUUAAGGCUACGAACGACCCUAACUUCACAGUAGACCCUGAUCAAGAAGUUGUGUAUGAUGAAAAUGAUCCAACAUUGGCAAUUAUCACUGUCAAUAUUGAAGAUGAAAAUGAUACACCACCACGAUUUAUUCAUGAAGCUUACUAUGCAGGAGUGUCUUACGAAGCCGAAGUUGAUAGAUUUGUGAGAAUGGUGAGUGCUGUUGAUGAGGAUGCUGGCUUAAAUGGAACUCUCAGCUACUCUAUUCGAGCAUCUAAUCUUUUCAGACCUGGAGAAUCUAGGGCUGUUGGCUCCAUUAUUCCAUCCCCUUUCAACAUCACUCAAGAUGGCAAGCUCACCACAGCCUCCCUCAUGUCACAGUAUAGGCGCCACCGCUUUCUUCUCCUGUUACAUGCCAAGGAGGAAGCGCCACCUUUCCGCAUUGCCACGUGCACCGUCAAUGUUUGGGUUUGGGAGAGGGAGGACCUAGUGAGAGUUGUACUAGCUCAACCUCCUGAAGAAGUGGUGCAUCAUCAAGAAGACAUAGCUGCUACUCUCUCGCAGGUUACAAAAGGCAUAGCAGUCGUGGAUGAAAUCAGAUACCAUGUAAACCCUGACAUAUACAGUUACUCGGCUGACAUGCUGGUCCACAUUGUGAAUCAGACUGAACAAGUGAUGCCUGUACACAUGCCAGCGUCGAUUGAAACGGUUGAAGAAGAGGUGGAUGCACGCCUGGCUGGACUCAUCGCUCUUAUGAUUGUACUCUUCAUUGGUUUCAUCUCCUUCAUUGUUGUGUGUUGCUGCCUCAGAUACUGGGUGAUGACACCAAGCAGAUCCAGUGAGCAUCUUAUCAAACGUAACAUUGAUGAAGAUUUAGGCUUGAAUACCACUGAAAACCCUCUUUGGGUUGACCAGAAACUCAAGAUGUACGAAGAACAGGAGCUCACCAUGCAAGUGAUGAGCGAGUUCGAUACAACGCAAGUAAAUGUUCCUCCCAACACAAGUAAGGGUCCAAGUGUCACUGUAGAUGCAGAAUGGACUCCCGAGCGUAGGUCCAGCAUUGAUUUAUCACAGCUGGAUGGCCAGAGCAAUACAUACGCAACUAUCCAAAAGUCACAUGGAGGUACAUUGCGUUCACUACAACUUCGAGGUCUACAGCAGGGCACACUGAAGCUGGGAGAAGAUCCUGGAGAAAGCAAUGAUUAUGCUACUCUGGACCAUCUGCAUCAUCCAGCCUCAGCUCAGGGUCCCCGUGUCCCUGGAGUAGAGACUCCCAGGUCACCACUGAAUCAGAAUGGUGAUUACCAUGAGCUAAGAACAUCUUUCACUGGGUCUACCUUCCAGCCUCCUGACUUGGCUAACAGGCCACUUCCUGAUGAACCGACCAUCGUUCAUCCUAAUUCCCGGAAUCUUGCAUUUAAUGCCCAAGGGGAGCCAGUACUAGUAGCAGAGCUAAUAUAGUCUUAAAAUAUGGCGAUACAACAGUGUAGUGUACAGUAUUUUGAAGUGAGAAUAUUUUUAUAUAUCUCCCUCUUCAGGUGUAGUGGCAUUCCCCCCCCCCCC